AGAAGGGAUUGACGUGUUCCCGUCGGGUCCGGGUGUUGCUAUUUGUUUCUUUGACGGAAACGACGACGUGUGGAAAAAAAAAAUGCUCUUGAGACACCAGAACUCUUUCCAAGGAAUCCUGAAUACAAUUGUUACGCUGAAUGCUGAUAAAUACCGGGCGCAACUGUCCGAUGCCUCAAAUAGCACAGCUCUCGGUUUGCACAACGUCGAGGGCGAUCCCCGACCGUUCGCGGCGAAGCUUCAGGGCGCUACGGGCCACGAGCAAGUGUCAAGCGGACCGGACGGUCAGUUUAAGGCACUCGCCCUCACUCACACGACCAUGAAGUUAAACUCACCGUCACAAGAUGACAAGACCAAAAGCGUUGCCAUGGCUUGACAGAGGGUGCCCUUCGCUGGCACUAUCCAAAGCUGAUAUCUGCUUCUUCAACCUUUCGGCUCGUAAACGAAUCAUCCUUCGCAAUUUCCAAAUUCGCUCCCGGAUCGCGAAUGACAACGCCUUCUUGCUAAAGCGGCACGGUACGGCAGAGUAGCCGAUCCUGUUGGUCAGAACACCCCCCAGAACGGCCCGAAAAGAAGACAGAAUAGGGAAAACAUCCGGCCAUCGACCUCCAGUCCUCUGCACCGCGUACCCAAUAGUGCCACACACGACCACGACAUGGGGAAAUAAAAAGGAUGCAAAAGGGGA